UUUAUUUAUUUAGGAGGAAUGCAGAGAUUGAUUGGAACAAGCAAGCAAAAUACGACAUACGACGAAUUGAAUUUGUUUCUUAUUCUUCUUCUUCUUCUUCUCCCUUUGUCUUUCCGUCUUCACCAGAAGCUCCUUUCUCUGUUCCUAAGCCGAGUUAAGGGGUCAAAUUGAAACCGCAUUCAAUUCCGACUUAAUGUUGCAUUCUCUCUUCCUUUUCCCUCUCGCUUUUCUCACAAGCCACUGAAAAUCCUCGCACCUUUGCCCACAAAACUUUAACAGAAACACCGUUUUUCGCCGCAAUUCCUCACCCCCAUGGAAGAAUCAAGUGAAUUGCAAUCAGAAGAAAAUAAAGUCUCCAAUGAGAAAAAUAAGAAAAGAAAACUGAAAACACCGGCCCAACUUUUGGCCUUGGAGAAAUUUUAUAAUGAGAAAAAGUAUCCCACAGAGGAAAUGAAAUCAGAACUUGCUGAUGAGUUAGGAUUGACAGAAAAGCAAAUAUCUGGAUGGUUCUGCCACAGAAGGUUAAAAGAUAAAAGAAUGAUGAAAGAUGAAGCCGUUGCUAAUGGACGGCAAGAUCGUUCAAGCGGUGUCAUCCAGGAUCGUGGCAGUGGACUUGGGCAAGAUUCAUGUGGAAGCAGUAAACAUGCUGAUUACAGGUACUUGGAUCCUAAGGAGGUUGAGAGCCAUGGCCUCUACAAUCACGAAUUUUCAGUUGCAGAUAUGACUCAUGGACGUAGGAGCCGUUAUCCUGAAAAUGUUAGCGGAGUGGAUGAGACAUCAUCUGAGAGCAGCUCAUAUUUGCAAGAAAGGUUGUUUUCUCAAGGUCAGGAUCCAUAUGAUAUGGAGCAUUCUAGACAUCUUACACCUAAUGGAGCUCUUCCACCUCUAAAUCCCAAAGGUGCCCUUAACAUGGGAUAUAAACCAUCAGGAUAUUUAAAAGUGAAGGGAGAGAUAGAACAUGCUGCUAUAACUGCUGUUAAGAAGCAAUUAGGAAGGCAUUAUCUGGAAGAUGGUCCAGUACUUGGUAUAGAGUUUGACACACUUCCUCCAGGGGCAUUUGAGUGCCAAACUGCAGAUCCAGCUAAUGAACCAUACUGUGUUGCAAAUCCUCCACUUCCGAAUUCUCCAGAAAUCUCUGCUGCAAAAAGACAACCCAGUCAUAGCUCUAGAUAUGAUUCAUAUUAUACUAAAUUUAGUUCCCAAGAUUCACAUAUGGAAGGAGCUGACUUUGGCUCCUUGCAUGAAUCUGAUUUCCAGGAUAAACAAGAUAAGAAAGCCCGCCAGAAUAUAAAACAAAGGCAAGCUUUCUACGGUUAUACCAAUCAUUUUCCUGGAAGGAACUCUUUCUCAGAUUUGUAUGAAGACUCUACUGGAGAAGCAUCUGGUUAUAAUAGCACUAAGAAUCAUAGAAUGAGCACUAAGCAAGGUGUUGAGGGGAUGAGAUCUGAUUCUGCUUCUAACCAUAGUGAUCACUAUGAAGAGAAGAAGGUUGCAGUUAAGCAUAAAGAAUUGAUGCUGCAUGGUUAUGAUAACAUCAAUCCAAAGAAUAUACAAAGGAGCGAACAUGUAAAAUCUAAACCUUCUGGUUCAAUGCGUAAAUCCCGUGUUCCUGUGGAUACUGAAGAAAGGGGGUUAUCUGCUAGGAUGGCAAAGGAAGAUAUGAUUAAGGGGGACAGGAAAGCAAAAAAUGCAUACCGUGAUGGAGAUGGAGCAGGGAUGCUUUCAAAUGAAAUCAUGGUUGCAAAACGAGCUAAAGUUGACCCGCUUCAACAAUACCAUGUGAAACAAACACCUCUUGCUGAGAUGGAACCAAGGAAAAUUCAGAGAUUUUUGAAAGGCAUGAUGAGCAAUCAGGCAGUUGGGGAGCCCUCCCUUAAAAGCUAGGGUAGGGGUCAACGGGGGAGAAUCAAGCACUUAAGUAUUCCAUCAAGCAUCAUAUACUACUCGAUGCGAGACUUAACCACUCCAUAAUACCCAAGUCCCUAACAUAGCACUGCCUGUGGGAGUUAAUGUCUCGGUGGCUGCACUCUAUAUGCUUCACUUCCUCAACCUUUUUGGUCACCCCCUUUGUUGGUAGCGUUCUCUGAGACACCGGCAACAAGUUGUGAUACCAAUUAAUAAGCAUCUGCGCACUCGGGGGUAUUCUUCCUUAAAAGUUAGCUGUCAAGGGGGGGGAUCCAAGCCACUUAAGUACUCCACCAAGCAUCCCAUACUACUUAAUAUGAGACUUAAACACCUCAUAAUACCCAAGUCCUUAUCAAGGCACUAGAAAGUAAUGGUUGUUGAAAAUCCAUUAUGAUAUUUUAUUGGCGAUGAAGAUCAAACAUGCAGUGUUGUCCCAAUGGUUUCAUUGUCGUGUGCUUAUUUUGCUUUUAAAAAGUUUUUAAUCAAAACUCUAGUAAGCAUCUGCUGCUAAAAAGCUUUUUCGAGUAAACGAGGGUCUCUAAACACCAGGUGUGGCUUGGUUGGUUAAUUGAGCUCCAUGUGCGUGGACAGGACUUCACUUUCAGGGCAAGCAUUAAAUAUUUAAAUUCCACUAGAACCACCUUGUGGUCAAUUUGAAGGGAUUGGUGCCAAACAUCAUGGUCUUGCCCAAUUAACAGUUUCCUAUUUCUCCUUAGAAAUUUUUGCAUCCAAAUUGUUAUGGGAUAGAGACUUUUUGUUUUUUCUCGUAACAU